AUGAGCACUUCUGUACAGGACCUUGGUAGACAAUGGGCCAAUCCAGGCGAUAUAUUAAGCAUUCUUCUUCUAAUCGGAAGCGAUAUCGUCCAAGCCGCCAUUACUCAGUUGGUUGGUUACAGAUUGCGUAUACCUGGAACAAAAACCCACAUCUCUAUCGCACCUGUUGCCUUUUCCUUCGGAUGGGCUACGUACAGCUUCACAAAUCUUCUUGCCGCUGUAGGAAGCAUGAAGCUGAUACCGGAGACCGACUGUUCUUCAAUAGUCGUAAAUUGCUCUAAUGGAUUUGUUCGUCAUAAUAGGUCUUGGGUCUUGGGACGAUUACUUCGUGAUCAUGAGAUUCAUCAUCCAGUCGAUCCACGGCCAAUAAGCGAAGGAGGUCGGGCUGAAUCUAUUAGAAUCGACAUAUUCCAUUUGAAACCGGCGUCAACUCCGCAUUGCGAUUUCGUCUGGUGGCUUGGCUGGGCUACCCUGUUCAUUCAGCUCAUCAUAGUCAUGCUGCCCGGUAUUCUCUACGAUGACUGGACUAUCCUUGUCGUCGCACUUGCCGGUAUCACCCUUGUAGCGAUUACAUGUUCCCUACCCCAAUGGAUCGAAGAGAAAUGGGGCACACCGUGUUUCUCAAACCAUGACAAGGUGAAGUGCCUUACUCGGGGCAACGGCCAUUUGCACAUAAUGGCGUUCAUCAGCUCAUACGGCUCUUGGGAUUUAGAGCGACUCGCGACUCACAUGCCAGUCCCUCGGACUGAGACACGUUGGAUUUCUUUGAUACUCUCAAUAUUGUGGGUUUGCCUUUUGAUAUCGAUAUCAGGUCUCAAGCAACACACUUGGUUUUUGAUUGCCACGGGAGGACUUGGAAUGCUACAGAAUGUCUUGGCUGCUGGGAUUUCAAGACAUCCUGCAGCUUCAAACUUUCACCUGACAAGGUUCUCUCAGGCACCUACUAUUAUUGGUAGACGGGAAUGUUAUAAAGAUGAUCCUAGUUCUGAUGUCAACUUGGAAGAAGAUAUACAAGGGCUGUCCGCUGUGAGGUCAUGGGUCUCAGAAAGCGCUGACCGGUUAGAUUGUCGCUCCCCAACUGGCAAUAGGGAACAAGCUCCCAUGCCCUCGUGGGUGUCGUCCAUGGCAGAGGAGGAUGGAGCACCGGAAUGGCUGGCAACAUUGAAGCCAGCCCCUACAGAAAAGGCCAAAGAUGCGGAAUCCAAAUCUGCACCCUUCAGUCUCAGUACCUGGAACCCCUUCAUGCCACACAAGUCAAGGCAAGAUAAGAUCAUCUACGCGUCUGGGGUCCAGGGCGCAUUAGUCGAGUUGGAGAAGUGGGUACCCAAAGCUGGCCUUUCAAUGCUCCCGAUUUUCUUCCCCGGCGGCGGGCUGCAGUAUCACGAUGAUGACAUCCGAGGCAACAAGUUUAAGAAAUUUUGGAAAAGGGCUUAUCAUACGAGAACCAUCAGAACAAAGGCUGAAGAAAAAAGACGAUGUGAAGAAAGAGAAACAAGUGUGUUACUUGACGUUUAG